AAAUUAGCAUGAGCGAGCUAGAAAUGUAAGCUAUAUGCAUACUAUGUCAAUCCACUGAUAGAAAUCAACAUGGUAUUUGAGAGCAUAGUUGUGUCGAUAUUAAACAAAUACAUUGGCAAAUACGUGAAAAAUCUUGACACUAAAAAUUUAUCUAUUGGUCUAUGGUCAGGUGAAGCGACAUUGUGUGAUUUGGAGUUACGAGAGGAAGCAUUGCUGGAAUAUGAUCUACCGGUAGAAGUAAAUGCUGGUUAUAUUGGGAAAUUAUCCUUGAGUAUUCCAUGGUCAUCCAUAUAUGUGAAUCCUGUCAUCGUUCGUAUUGAAGAUGUUUACAUAUUGACAGGUCCCCAAGCAGAAAAACCAUACAAUGAAGAAAAAGAACGCAAGUAUUUAAAUACCCUCAAGCAAAAACAACUUUAUACAAUUGCAAAAGGUGAAAGAAAACAACAUCCACCAAAAGUUGAAGAUGCAGAUGCAAAUGAUACAUUGACUGAAAAAUUAACUGCGCAAAUCAUUAAAAAUGUCCAGGUGUUUAUUACAAGUAUUCAUGUGCGAUAUGAAGACAAGGUUAUUAACCCAUCAUCUCCUUUGGCUGUUGGUGUUACUCUUCAUAAUAUCACAGCACAGACUACUGACUCAAAUUGGUUGCCUGCUGUUGUUGAUGCUUCAACAAGAAAGAUUUUUAAGCUUCUCAGAAUGGAAAGUUUAUCUUUGUACUGGAAUGACAAUGCUAAAUUUUUAAUAAAUGGUUUGCCAAACUGGAAGUCUUUGAUGCGAAGUCAGAUCAGCCGAUGUUCUUCUCAUCAGCAUAGUCAUGAUUUUAUUCUAAAACCCUUAUCAUUUACUGUGAAGGCAGUUGUGGAUCAAGAUGCAAAAGUCUUGAUGGAACUUCCCAAGUUCUUAUUGGAUAUAAUUUUGAAAGAUUUGUCACUAGAAUUAUCAAAACUGCAGUUUGAAGGAAUUAUAAACUUGGUUGAAUCAUUCGAAAUGAUGUCUGUUAAUCAAGAAUACAGAAAAUAUAAACCUGUCGCAAGUGUAAAGGAAAAUCCUAGGAAAUGGUGGAAAUAUGCAUACACAAGCAUUGUUGAAACAAAGUACAGACCAUGGACUUGGGAAAGAAUUAAACAGCACAGAGCUGAUUACAAACAGUAUGUUGCAUUAUACAAAAAAAUGUUGAAGUGUGAAUAUUUGGAUGAGAAAAAGUCUUUAAGUGGUGUUAAAGAAAAAAUUAAGAAACAAGAAAAAGAACUGAAUGUUGCGAAUAUAUUAAUUGCACGUAAACAAGCUGAAAAUGAGUUUGAGCUGGAAAAGGAGUCUGGAAUUGAGCCAACUACUGAGGAAGAGACUGUAGGAUGGUUGGAGUGGAUUGGCAUUACUGGAAGCUCGACUCAUGUUGAAAAAAAUGAAGAUGAAGAAUUAGAAUUAUCAUCAGGAGAUGUAUUUUCCCUAGCUGCUUUGUCUACAGAAGAAAAAGAAGAGUUAUACAAGGCUAUAGGCUAUGUUAAUGACACAUCGCACCCCAUCUAUUCAAAAACAUAUAUUCGAUCCAAAUUGUCAUUACACCUGGAUAACUGCUGCAUAAGUUUAAAAGACAUUUCAAACAAGAAAAUUGUGAAGUUUUCUCUACAAAAAUUGUUUUCUGAACUUACAGAACGACCAGGAUCAGAUGGAUAUGGCUUUAAAUUUGAGGUGGAAAGCAUGGGAAUUCUUGGUGAGGUAGAAAAAGAGGAGGUUGAUAUUUUAAAAGUUAAAACAGAUGCGGACAACUUUUUGUCAUGCAAUGUUCAAAGCAACCCAACUAAUGUUACUGCAGAUUACUCUGUUGAUCUUGUUGUUCAAUCACUUCAUAUGUUCUAUAAUCAGGCAAUUGCUAAUGCUGUUCGGAAAUUCUUUGUUGUUGAAAACAAUAAUAAAAUGAUAGAAUUAGAGCAAAAUGCUAGUUCAAAACUAGAAGAAAUCUCAAGUGCAUCAAGAGCCGGCAUUGAGUACAGCAUCAUGCAUAAUAAGUCCACAUAUUUACAUAUCAAUCUGAAGUCACCUGUAGUUGUAUUACCUAAUCACAAAGACAGAGAUGCUGAAGUUUUAUAUAUUUAUUUGGGUGAUUUGACAGUUACAACAGAUCUGCAAACAAUACUAAGCGAAUUGGCUAUCAGGGAAGCUACAGAAAGCGAUUUGGAAUCGAUGUUUUAUCAUAAAACAGAUGUCAAACUGUCCAACAUUCAUGUUGGAUGUGCUACUUAUGAGGCAAGAACAUGUGAAUUAGAACACUUGUCUGAUGGCAAUUACAUUCUUGUGCCCACAUGUAUUGGACUUACUGUUCAUAGAAGUUUAAAAAGUGGAUAUGCUAAUUUUCCUGACUUCAAAAUAUCUGGUGUCUUAUCAAGCCUUGAAGUUAAACUAUCAGAGCAAAAGGUCGUACAGAUUGUUGAGACAAUGCAUUAUUUCUUCCCACCUGCUGCUGUUCCUCAUGUCGGAACUCUCAGCAAAAGUAAUUCAGAGACUUCACAAUCAAAGCAUAAAAAAUCUGGCUCAGUAAUGUCAAAACAUGAUUUGAGCAAUCUACAAGAUGUGUUGAACGAUAGUACAAAAACAAAGAAAGAGAAGUUAAGUGGUUCUUUAAAAGAUGUAUCUUCAACAGACUUCGAAGAGAAUACACUCUACCCAGUUCAAUCUUAUGACUCCGAUUUGGCAAUGUUUGACCGAACGAAGAUGCUAGCAGCAUUUGAAAUCACAAAGAUUGUUGUUUCAUAUGAUACCAUCAUUGAUUCAAAGCCAGAAAAGUUUCUCAGUUUAAUGGUUACUAACAUUACCUGUGACAUAGUAAUGAGAAUGUGGCAUGUUGACAUAAAAGCAAAACUAAAGUAUUUUAUGUUUGCAGAUUGCAUCAACACAGAUUCCUAUGGUGAAACGACAGAAUUUGUGCAUUCUAUCGAAAACAAAGACUUGAUAAAAGUUGAUUGGACACAGGCGAAUACAUCUAGUCCAGAGUUUGCUACGACUUUUAACCAAAUUGAAAAUUUAGCCAAUAUUAAAUUUGGUAAUUUGAGAUUUUAUCUUAAAGAAAAGAAUUUAAUCAUGCUGGUGAACUGCAUUCAGUCCUUAGCAUAUAGAAUUUCAUUGCUAUCAGAUCAACAAGAGAGAACUCCCAUAAUAUCAAAACCACUAGAUAUCAUACCAGAAGAUGAUGAUGUUGAUGUGGAAUCUAAAAAAUCCUUGCAUAAGAUCGAAGAGGCAGUGACGGCAUCUACAAGUCUUCAUCUUAAUUUUAUUCUGAAUUCAAUUGAUAUCAAAAUGGCAAACUCUAAACAAGAUAUUGUUGAAGCUCAAAUCUCAGAUGCACAGUUAUUGGUGAUUAUGCAUGCACAGAAUACAGAAAUUUCUGCACAAUUGAAAAGCCUAACUGUCUGUGAUUUGUCUCCUGACAUAGAUUUCAAUUUUAAAGAGAUAUUAUCAGUAAAUGCUGACAAACUUUUCAAAUGCAAGGCCAUACAGUCUAAAGAUGUUUUGCAGGAUAGUUUAGAUCCUAAUUUAGUGGUUGAUUUUGAUCUUGGAAAAUUAAAAUUAAACGCUGUAUUGCCUUUCCUUGUCAACUUAAUGAAUUUGUUUUACGACAUAAAUGCAUCUUUAUUGACUUAUCAGCCAAUUACAACAGAAGAACCUGCUGUUAAAAAAGCUAUCACAAAUGAAUUCUUCAAAUUGAAAUUAGAUGUAUCAAUAGAUGCUCCAGAUAUUGUUCUCCCAUUUUCAAAGUCCUCUAACCAUUGUUUUGUGCUUGACCUUGGACAUUGUGAAAUUCAUAGCACGCCAAUUAUGCAGGAUAAAAUUGUAUGUGAUCAGUUAAAACUUGAUUUGGAACAACUGAAACUGAGUACGAUAAAUGGUGAUCAUGAAAAGGAAGUCAUUUUACCUGUCACUCUGGAGGUUACUCUUAGAAGAAGUCUGAAUAAUGUCACUCCAACAUUUGAUGUAAAUUGUAAAUUACCAAUGUUAAUGACACGUUUGCACCAGCAGGACAUAAAAGACGCAGUAAAAUUGUUGCAAGGAAUUUUUGAAGAUAUGAAUGCACUAAAAAAAGACACACUGGCCAAUACAACUGUAGUGACCACUAGUACUCCUGAAGAUGAGGCUGUUAAACAAGUGACAAGUGUUUUUGUAUGUAUUGGGCAGAUGGGCUUACAAGCUUUAUCAACAACACCUAAUAAGAAAGAAUAUUUAUUCUUGGAUUUAAUGGUUGAAAGUUUAAACACUAAACUUAAACAGAAUUCAACAUUGCUGUCAGUUGAUGUCUCAUUAGGGGCUCUCACACUAAGUGAUCACUCUCAGGAAGGUGUAAACGAUGAACCACUCACUUUAUUUUCAUCAGUUGAUGGGAAAAAGCUUGCAUCAAUUUCCUACUCCAGUGAUGUUUUAUCUAAUUCUCAAAAUAUUACAUUUGAAUUGGACAAAGUUAAUAUAAAUGCUGAUGAUGAAUCCAUAGCAAGCUCAGUUGCUUAUGUCACCAACAUUUUAACAAGUGUAAACAUGUUGUUCAACGAGAAGGAAGAAGUGAAAGUAGUAUCAACAGUACCAGAACCGAAAAAUGAAGAAGAAUUACUAGUAGAAGAAGAAAUUAAACAAGAAACAUCAGAACUGAACAUACAUUGCAAACUAACCAGUUUAACUAUCUUUUGGUUGAUGCAAAAGAGAGAAAUUGCAAAGUCCAAAGUUGAUGGACUAACAUUAUUAGCAGAUUUAAAAGGAAACAAUGUAGGGGUAAAAGCAAGGCUGAAAAAUUUAUACAUUGAAGACAUGAGACAGAACGUGCUGUAUCCAAAGAUUAUUGUUUUGGAGGAUCAGGAUUUGCUGUCGUUGGAGUUUUCACUAAAAGAACACAGCACAUCUGCUAUGCAAGAAAGCGUUACAGAGCAAGUUGCUUAUAUAUGGUUACGUGUGGGAAGAAUUAAAAUUGUUUUUCUUUAUAAAUUCAUUGUGGAGAUCAUGAAUUGCAUCAAUCCAUUUUUAAAUUUAUUCAAUGAUGGUACGAAAAAGAAUAUCCAGGACACCAGUGAAGAGCAUACAGUGCCAAAGAGUGACCCAAAAGUUCUUUUGCUACACCUUGAUAUUGACAUCACAGCUCCUCUUGUGACAUUUCCAAAGUUGUCAACAUCCGAAACGUAUCUGUUGGCUGACUUAGGAAAGUGCAUUAUAACCAACUCUAUAGAAACAGAGGAAUCGUCAGAAAUGAGUGGUACAGAUGGAGAUGAAAAAACAAAAUAUUCAAAAACUGAUCAUGUGAAAGCAACACUGUCAUCAGUAAAACUUAUGAUAAUGAACUUAAGCAACCAGAAAGAAAAAAGAAUAACCAAAGAACUUUCAAUGGGUUUAAAUAUCUACAGACCAUUGAAUCCUGACAUGAAUGAUAUAAGCGUAGAUGUUGAUGUUCUUCCUGUAAUAGUUUUGUUAUCUGAUACUGAUAUCCAGCUCUUGAUGACCAUAGUUCAGCUAAACUUAGGAGAAGCUGAAGUUGUUCUAAGUGUUGACAAAGACAAAACAGUAGCAACAACAACAACAACAACAGCAAUAACAAACGCAGCAGCAGUUGCGAUGACAACAAAGAUUGAUGUACAUAAAGAUGUUAACAGCGAAAAUACAUCAAGUGCACAAUUAAAAGCACAAGUUGAUCAAACCGAUCAUGGUAUCAAUGAAGAUACUGCUGUCAUAAAUGAUAAGAGUUCUACUAUACAUAUAUCAAUUCAUUGCAAGCUGAUGGAGUUGAAUUUAUCUAGUUGUCUCUUAUUUCAGGAUUGUGAGACACCUGAGAGUGUUAACAUCUGUCAACUUUCUGCUACAAGCACAACAAUUGAAAUCGUAACAAAAAAUGACUCGUUAGAAUUGGAUCUUAACAUUUUCCAUCUAACUGGAGACGAUCAAAGACCCUUUUCAAAAGCAUCAUUUAAAAGAAUACUUGAAAAGUGUGUGGAGCAAGAUGUUUGUGCGGUACCAGUUAUGUCUACUUCCAAGUCUUUUGUAAAAAAAGGUGCUGAGAACAAUCAUGUUACAUUGAAAUACACAUCCAAGAGUGGAGAACAAAUUGUGGCAUUAAAUAUUGCAAAUGCACGCACAUUUAUAAAUUUGGAAUUCGUGAAAGACCUUAUAAAGUAUCUAUCUAAUACAUUUGCUGGAGAUGCAUCUGAUCAGAAAAAUGAAUCACAUGUUGAGAAGUCCCGGCAAAAAGAAGGCGAUUCCCAUAACGAAGUGGAGCCAAAAUCCAAUAACACAAAACUUACAGUGAAAUGCCAACUGGAUAAUGGCGAAGUGAUCUUGCUGCAGAAUCCAAACAAAACAAACACUCCUGCAAUAGUUGGACUUGUACAACUUUAUGUAAAUUACGAAGCUGGUCAAGUAUCUACAAAAAUUGACAUUCCUGAUUGUCUUUUGGAAAUGUUGUAUGGGGAAUACCCUGUACUUCGUAGUACUGCCAGACCGUUGUUACAGCCAUGCCACAUUACGUGCAAAAUUCUUAUGCCAGAUGUUGAAACACAAGACAUAUCUUUAAAAGUCAAAGAAAUGAAGUUUAAACUGUCACCGAGUAUUCUUACGACCAUCAUUAAAAUCACUGAUAGUUUGACUGGUACUCAGUUGCUGCAGGAAGCAGAAGACGCCUCUAAGAAGCACACAUCCUCUAUUGAUUGGACUUCUCAUCCUCUCAGUAAUGAUAAAAUAAACACAGAAGCUUCAUCUGUUGAUACAAAUUUACCAUCUGUUCCCAAAGAUGUAGUUGAAAAAGAAAAGGCUGUGUUGUCAUUCUCUAUGAUAGAGUUGAUACUUGGAAAUGAUUUAGAAGGAAUGUUUAAUCCAUUGUUGAUGACAAAAAUUUCGACGAAAACAAACUUGGUAGACUGGUCUGGAUUGAUGAAAAUCGAGGCUGAUUUCACAACUGAGAUACAUUACUUUAAUGAUUUGUUUGGAACCUGGGAACCAUUGGUUGAACCUAACGUCAAUGCAGCUUCGUAUCAACCCUAUGAACUUAAUGCUAGGAUGUUUUAUGGAGAAAGCAAGCAAAUAGAUUUUUCAAGCAACAUUUUAGAAGAUCAAAAAGAUGAAAGUUCAUAUGACGAUGUGGACGAGAUUGAUGCUUCAGUAGCAACUAGUGAGAAUAACACAAAAGCAUUUUUUCUGAUAGUCAGUUCUGAAGAUGUCUUGCAACUAACUGUAACACAGAAAGCUGUCGAAAUUAUAAAUCAUGUCACGCAGGCAUGGUCCAUAGAAUCACUUCGGGAAAAUGUAAAAACAGAGCUACGUUUACCAUUCCAUUUUACAAGUCAGCUUGGAAUUCCAGUUGUUGUAUCAAUGGAUCCUUCUAUCAAGGCUUCCACCACUGAAGAAUCGCAUUUAAAAAUUCAACCAAGACGUCGAUCGCAAGAGAUUGAACAAACGUUACGAAAGACUUCACUUACUGCUACCCCAGGGAAGCAAAAACUGAAGAAACGCAACACAUCUGCAUCGUCACCAUCUACAACAUCUUUAGGUGUUGAUGUAGUGGACAGCAGUCCGUGGCUUGUUGAUGAAAGUUCACGAAAUCAUUUUAUUGAUGUUGACAUAAAUGGAUUCGAUACUGUUAGAAAUAUAUCAUUAAAAGAGGCUGGUAAUCAAGUGUAUACUCUGUUCCCAACCAAGGAUGGAAAUUUAUUGCAUCUGGUGGUGCAAGUGAAAGUUGUGACUGGAUCUCGAAUUGUGACGUUUGGAUCUACACUACAGGUGAAAAACAGCCUUAAAAUGCCCAUUGAAAUUUACCAAGGAAAUAUGCUAGAUAUUAACAACUUGAUUGUAAGUGUCGAGGAAGGUGCGAAGACGAGUUUUCCAUUAAGUGAAUCGUUUGUGGAAACGUGCGACAUUAGGAUGGAUAGAUUCAAGUUUAAACAAGUCGAUGUUAACUGUAAAAAUCAAGUUAUCAAAGGAUGUUGUGAAGCGGAUACUGAUGUUUGCUAUAUGCAGGUUGUUCAAUCAACUGUCAAGUCAGACCGAAAAUAUCAGAAGUCAGUUUCAAUUCGUACUAUGGAUUUUUUGCCAGUGGUUCAAAUAAUUAGCUUUCUUCCUGUAAAUGUCCAACUACAAUUGAAGAACGAUCGAGAACAGACAAAGUUUCAUUUGGUUACUCCUGGUAACACUGAAAAUAUACUGGAGAUCAACCCAAAGGAGGAUAACUUCACUGUUUCAGUAAAGUACGUAAGUGAAGAUGGUGGUGAAUGGGUUGGUAGUGUAAACUGUAACAGGAAAAAGAAAGAACCCAGUGCAUUAUUCUUAAAGAGCGACACAGGACCUGAUCUGCGGUUUGAGAUUGCGUUAGACAGACUUCACCACUCACUAGAGCUUCAUAUCUACUCAGUGGUUUGGAUUGUCAAUAAAACUAAAAUAGAUCUAAACUUCAAGAUUGACUCGCGCAAAUACUUGUUGAAUGCAACGGAUGAGAAUAAGGCGCAUUUGAUAUCCUUCUCAAAUAUAAAGAAAGCAAAGGGUCAUUUGUGCAUAUUUGAGAGUGAGUGGUCUGAAGCGUUUUCGUUAAGUGCAGUUGGUGAUGAAUCGUUUGUGAUGUGCAGCACAAGUGAAGGAGUGUCGUACGCGAUAUAUAUCAGCAUCCAAAUGUCGUAUACUGGCUUGACAAAUAUCAUUACAUUGAGUGCAAGAUACCUGAUAGCUAACCAUGCCGGGCUCGACCUUAUGUUUGCUGAAGUAAUAAACGAAAGUUCAAGCGUGGAAGAGUUAUCCUGGAUAUCGCUACCAACUAUGAUGUGCUCGCCAGUGUGGCUUCACUCACCCGACGCAAUGCUGUUGCUAAAAGAGAAAGAUUCGGCAUAUGUUGGUCCGCCUAUUCCACUUAACUGCGACAAUAAAAUAGCGAAAAGAUUAUCAAACUCGCAAACUGUAUGUGUUGAUGUUAACCGUCUUGGUGAUCAAUUUAUCGUAAAUGUCACUCCAUACGAAGAAGGGUGUAUCCCUCUCCGUGUUGAUAACUACUGCUCUCACUCGGUGUUCUUAAAGCAAAGGGAGGUGGAUAAACUGGCUGCAGUUACAGAGUUUCUGCCAAAAACUUCUCAGUACUUUAACUGGUCUCAAUUUAAUAAGCCGCAUCAAGUAAUAGCAAUGUUAUUGAAUCCAGAUUGCAGAGAAAGAAACGUCAAUAUCUCCAUGACAGGAUGGGGACAUAUGAAUUUGGAACAGAACGACAAACAAGAUGGUGUCAGCACUAAAACAAAAUGCUGCAGUUGCACGUGGUGUUGUUUUCCGUCGUUGUGUAGAGGGGGACACGACGAGGAAGAUGGCCAGCACCUUUUAUCACCUUCACCGCCACCUCUUGUUGCUGACCAAAUAGUUUACUGGGUGUCCUAUCUAGAAGGGAUGCAACGUGUUCUAGCCUUCACACCGAAUCAUGCUGAUGCAAAAAAGUUACGGUCGAGUGGCGACGUAGAGAAGGUGACCAUGGAAAUUUUCCUCUCUUUAAAAGGUGUUGGACUUUCUUUGGUAAAUUCAUUACCGAGAGAAAUUUGCUACGCAGCUCUCACUGGUGGGACGUCAUUAUGGGAAGUUGAGACAAAAGAAAAUGUGUGGAAGUCACUAGAUAUUGAUACGUCGACUUUUCUGGAAGAUUCUUGGAAAAAUUCGGCUGCAAAUGCACGCUUUGAGAAUAAAAUCGAGGUAAAUUUAAAGGAAAUGAUCAUGAAGAAGCCGUAUCAUGGCAGGUUAAAACGUUCGUGCGAUCCAGCUUUAUGGGUGCAGUAUUCACAAUCAGAAAACAACACGAGUGUUUACGUGAAGUUGCAUCGAUUGCAGGUUGACAGCCAGCAAUAUGAUGUUAUAUAUCCCUCAGUUCUUUAUCCCGCGCCGUUACCACCCAGAGUUGUGAAAAGAAACGGCGUAAAACCAUUAUUGGAAUUAGCAAUUGUGUUCAGUUCAAGCCAUGACGUUAAAAUUAUCAAAUACCUAAAGUUUCUGUUGCAAGAAGUGAAUUUAAAGAUAGACCGAAGCAUUAUCACUGGUGUAAUGAGUCUGAUGCAAAAUUCAAGCAUUGCAUUGAGUGGCCACACGCAGUUCUUGCAGGAUAACGCGUUCGUGAAGGAAAGUGUGGAGGAAUCUCUUCGAAUGGUUUUAGAAUCUAAAUCCAGUCAAAUGCUUAUAAGUUACUUCCAUUUGUCGCCAGUAAAAAUCCAUUUGAGUUUUUCGAUGGAUGAUGAAUUAAAUGAGUCGUCAAAAUCAUCUUCGAACGAUGAACUCUUGCAGUGGUUCAUUAGUACGAUUGGUAUCCAGUUCACAGAUAUCAGUGAUGCUGUUAUCAAGCUUGGUUACUUUGAGCGGAAAAACACGUUCAUCACUCAAGAUAUGUUGUUUGCGGAUGCAACGAAACACUACCUAUUACAGGCAGUGAAGCAGUUUCAUGUUUUGGUCCUCGGAUUAGACGUAUUAGGAAAUCCGUACGGUUUGAUCAGUGAAUAUGGACAAGGUGUUAAGGAUUUAUUUUAUGAACCCUACCUGGGCAGCGUUGCCGGUCCUCAUCAGUUUGCUGAAGGCUUAGCGUAUGGUAUAAAAAGUUUGCUGGGACACACAAUUGGAGGCACAGCUGGCGCUGCUUCCCUGAUCACUGAACAGCUUGGACAAGUUGUUGCGGCAAUGUCAUUUGACUCUGAAUACAAACGGAGAAGAAGACAAGAAAUGAGUUCUGAUCCUUCUGGAAUUGGUGAAGGGUUAGCAAUUGGUGGCAAGCAGUUUGUCCUUGGUUUGGUAUUCGGAAUAUCAGGGUUGGUGACGAAGCCUAUACAAGGUGCUCGCAAAAGUGGUAUCGAGGGUUUUUUCAAAGGAGUUGGGAAAGGUGUGCUAGGACUUCUUGUGAAACCGACAGGAGGUGUGAUUGAUUUGCUGACAAGUAGCUUAGAUGGCGUGCGAAGGUUUGCUGAGCAGGGCGGCGAAGAUAUUGUGUGUCGAAUACGCUUGCCACGAGUUACCUAUCCGAACAAACCCGUUGCUGUUUACAACAACGAACGUUCAUAUGGCUAUGGUUUAUUAAGAUCGCUUUCCGCAAAACAAAAGAUUGAUGGGCAGUACAAAGACCACGUUGCCAUACCAACGGAACAUCCAACAAUUGUUUUGUUCACCACAGAGAUGCUGAUUGAAGCAACGCAAAGUCAAUUUUUCAGUGAGUGGCAAGUGGAAUGGUCAACUUAUUACAAAUCAAUCGAAAGUAUUGAAAAGAGAGAUAAUUCUGUCAGAUUUAAUUUGAAGUUAACAUCUGAAAGAAAGGACAAGAUUUCCAUCUCGCAUUCUGUAUUUCAUGAAAUUUCAUGUGGAAAGCCACUUGCGUGCCGGCUGCUGCAGGAAAAAGCCUUAUCGUGUUUCAACACUGCAAAAAUUUCAAUUUGAGACUUGCAUCUGCAUGCGUAAAAAAAAUUAUUUUGACCGUAAGUAAUACCGCACUGGUACUGUCAUUUAGCACCGGUACUGUCGUUUAGCUCCGGAAAUGGGUUGGUUUUGGGUGUUUGUUCAUGAGGAUUUUGUACCGUACAGUUUCAAAAGGUAACCUCAUUGUGGCAGAAAGUGCCACUCAAAUUUAUAACUUUAGUAUUUUGAAAUCAAAAAUUACUCACGCAUGUGUCCAUUAGAUAAUAAGUUUUCAAAUUCAAAGCAAUUAGUAAGUCUCUAAACAAAAAACGAGAAUAAAAGUCGCAAAAUCUAGGUCACAAUAUUCGAGAUUUCGCUUAGUGGAUUUGUAAUAUUAUAUUUAAAUGCGAUAUUAGGCUAAUGUUUUUAACAAAUUUUAAACGUGCCGAUCGUGAAACAAUGGCAUGCAUGUCGGUGUUGUAUUUUAUUUUGUGGAUUUGAACUUUGUAUGUAAAAAAAAAGAUUUAAUAAUUUUUUGCAUGUAGUAAAAAAAUUGUCGGAUUUCUAAUGAAAAUACAAAAAUUAAAAUUUACUCAAUUUAUCGGAAUUAAUUAAUCCGAUUGGCUGAAAAUUAUUAGCUCUUUCACUUGCUACACGAAUUUAUAACCAAAGAAAUUGUUUUAUUGCUUUCUUUUCUAUUUUUUAUCAGAAAUUCGCCAUAACAAUAACAUAACUUGAAGGUGGUUUCCACUCAGCAACAUCUCUUGAUAUGUUUAGGUUUUGUUUGGUGGAAACCAACCCUUAAUUUUUCACGUGAUUGUCAUUUUUAUCAUACCAUGCAUUCUUAAAUUUUACUGACUGUAAAUAAAAUUUGUUCCGAAUACAUUUCUGUACUUAUUGUAA